UACCCUUCGAAUAUACGAAUCAUGACCAGUUAUCAACUAAUAUAGAUGAUAAACAAUCCAUGGCUAAAAAUAAUACUCGUCCACUAUCUCCAAAAACGAAUGAAAGUAAAGAACUUUCUGAUUUAACGGAACGAAAUGAAGAAGAGGAUUUGGAACCACACGAAAGGGCCGCGUCAUGUUUUUAUGGAGGAGCAAAGUAUACACAUGGACAAAAGUUAAUACGUUUUGAUCCCUGUGAAGUUUGCCUGUGCAUAGAUGGUGAAAUUUUCUGCUGGUGGGAAAACUGUGACAAACAUCCGAAAAGAUAUACCACCGUUUCAAAUAAUAAAAAUAUGCAGAAGUCAGAGAAAACAUACAAACUCCCAAAAUCGCAUAAGAGCAAAGCAAAAAAGAAGAAAAUUAAAGCAACUUUAGGGGAAGACUUGAUAAAAUUAGAACCAGAACAUAAUCAGAAACACCGGCAACAUCACAAACAACAUGAACGACAUCAUAAAUAUAAGCAGAAUCAUUUGGCAACAUCACAAACAUUUAGUAAAAUAUUAAAUUUCCCAGAAAAUUUACCUUCAGUACUAUAUCAUGACUACAAAUCCGAAGAACACCAGCAUCAUCAAUACCAACAUCGUCAGCAACAUUUAAAACAUCAACUAGUUCAACUACAAAUGAGACACCAGCAACAACAACAAUAUUUACAUGGACAGCAUAUCAAGUUUGAGGUAACAACGUUGCCGUCAGAACAUCCAAGCACGGAAAAUGACAACGUCGACAUAGAGACAGAAACUGACAGUGAUAUUUUACCAGAACCUCCAACUAAAAGACCCAAAAUGACAGUCACAACAAUACCGGCAACAACAGCAACAAAGUCAGCAAAUAAAACAAUUGCAACAAAAAGGACCUCUAAUGUUCAUAGCACAAAUGAUAGCAAGAAUUUAGACAAUAUGACUGCUGUUGACUGCACUCAGGAGGAGAGUGGAAAAACUUGUAGAGUAGCCGGUAGUGCAUUUACUCCAUACACAACAGCCACAGUUGUUAACGCAACACAGUCAAUUGUAAGUAGUUUUAUCGAUUAA